UGCCAAUAGCUCGUUUUCAAUUUUCCCAUACCCACUCAGAACACUCCCAGACAGUCCUAGCAGAAUUCUUGCUUGAGAAAUUGCUAUGUGCUAAGAAGCUAUUAAUGUUUAUUUUUGACAUUUUAAUUGAAAACAAUCACAUUAAGGUGCUUAAUUGUUACCCAGAAAUGAUUUGAUAUUGAGAUAAAAAUGGCUGCAUUGGACCUUUUAAAUAUAUGAAUCUGACAGCGACAGUACACAGUCAGAGGACAUCAAGCUAAUAGGCCUCGAUCCUGUUCACUCAUGGUGAACUAAAUCUCUCCAUACAAUAGAGAGAUUUAGUCCAUUUCAUAAUUAACAAAUACAGUGUCUCUCUGCAUAUAGAUGUAUGUGUAAAAACCCUACUAUGAGUUACCAAUCAUUUACCGUAUAAAACAUUUUGUAUGUCCGCUUUACAUACUGUAGCUGUAAGACCUGUGGAUGAAUCCCUGCGGUUAAAGCAAAUGUUUGAAUCACCUGAGACUGAAGGUGAUCAUUUUUCUCACUAGGUCUUCUCUCAUGUCUCUCUUCAAGCUGCGUUACAGAUGGACUAAUGAGGCUUGUGUGGCGGAAACAAUAUCCACUCCGCUUGGUCCAUUUAUCCCCAGCCUUGGCUGUGCUGCUCUCCCAUCCACAUCCCUCCUCACCCCACCCACUCUCUUGUCCAUUUUAUUAUUACUUAUUCUAAUGAAUAGAAUAAGAGAUGAGAAGGAUCAAAGGAUCCUUUGGCAGGUUCUAGGAAUCCAUUCAGAUUGAAAUGAAGAGGGUGUUUCUUUUUUUCAACAUCUCUCCUCCACAACCAGCCUUAAUCACAAGAGAGGUAGAGAGAAGCGAGAAUAUCUGUGACAUGUAUAGUAGUUCAAAGGAAAAUAAGCAUUUCCAUGCACUAUACAUGUGACUCACUGAAUGGUUCAUCCUCAACACUUCAUUGACAGGGGCCUAGGAUCUAUCUGUCAUAAAUACUACACCUAUCUUCUUAAUUUGUUGUUAGCAUUAGCUGCCUGGCACAGGAUGUGAGAAGACGUUGGUCCUUGAUGUUGGUGCUUGUCUUCAGCUUGAAUCAAAGCAUUGACAGGCUAAUGCUGCUGAGCCCCUCUGCUACCUACACAUGUCACUUCCUGUGAAGAGUAUCUGUAUCAGUCUGUAUGUAAUCAGAGAAGGAGGCUCUGUGUGAUUAUGAUGGUCUGAGAUCAGUAAAACAGCAGCUUUGGAUCCUCCGGAGGUUGCCUGAGCCUUGGCCUACUUCUCUACAUCUCAACUGUGUAGACAAUGGUUCAGAUUGUGAUAUCAGUGGAAAGAUGAUCAGAACAAUGAUUUCCUCUAUGAAGUUGAUAUCCACCUUUCCCUUUCAUUGUUGGCAGAGGGAAAUGCCUUGUUGGGGUCACUAGAUAAUGACGCAUUCUUUGGUUCUGUCAUGUGGCGUAUCUGAUGAGGUGAUUGAACAGAAUAUUAAAGGCAGUUGCUAAAUAUAUCCUCUGGCUUUGUGCUGUAGUGGCGUCACAAUGGCUAUCGUGUGAUAGGUGACCUGGACUCUGCUCUACUUUCACCAGACAGAACACUACCGAGGUAUAGUGUUACAGGUGGUGAGUUAUUGAAUCGGGGCAGCUGGGCACGUUGCUUGUACUGGACAAUGGAACUGUUAUCGCUCUAGAUGCGUUGACUAAUGUCCCUUUGUAAGCAGAUUCAGUUACUGACAGUAUCACUAGUCAGCCAAUUGAGGUUUCUCUUUGAGCAUCGAGGCCCAGAUUAGUCUCGUGUGCUUUCCCUUCUCUGGCAGCAGUGUAUGAGUUCAGACAUUUCAACUUUUCCACACGGGGGUAAAAAGAACAGUACUGCAUCCCUAUUGAUGAGAGUUUGAUAGUGGCUUGUGUACAGUAUUGAAGGUUUUGCUGACAGACUGAUGUUUGUACCAACAGCCACUGCAGAGGGACAGUGAAAAAGGGACCCACAAGCUGUGGGCUGUCAUGGACAACUUUUUCCGCCGGCACUUUAGACUGAAAGGGGCAGAGCAAUGCCAACACAGACGGCCUGGCGUGGCAGUGCCCACAAGCAAGGCUCGCCGGCGCUCCAGUGUAGGACUGCCCUCUGCUGGCCUAGUCCAACGUAGACGCUCUAGUGUGGGACUGCCAUUCACAGGUCCUGUCGGACGCAGAAGGUCCAGUGUAGGCCUGUCACCGACGGCUCAAGCCCAACGAAGACGCUCCAGUGUUGGCCUGCCGUCUGGUUAUGUGGGACGUAGACGCUCCAGUGUGGGCUUGGCCUGCGCUGCUCACAAGCAACGCAGGCGCUCCAGCGAGGGGCACUGUUGUCAUGGAGGCGGCCAGCUAGUGAGGACCAGAUACUACAACAGGCGUCGCUCCAGCACCACCGUGGCCUGUGUCAACCCUCGCUUCUCUGUCCGCCGCCGGCAAGCCGCCAAGCUCCGCACCAUCGACACCCACCUGCUGGGGCCCUCCAUGCUGCUGGCCAGCCUGGUCCAGAUGAGUGAGGAGCAGCAGAGGGGGGCGCAGGGCGGAGAGGGGGCGUCAGGAGAGGGCACUGAGAGCUGCUCCGAGUCAGAGGGGGACAGCUGCAGUCAGAGAGACUGUAGCACCAGGUCGGAGGGCAGCGGGAGUGAACGAGAGGGGACUGAGACAUCGUCAUCAUCAUCAUCAUCAUAUCCAGAGGGAGAGAGGACGUGUCCAUGGCAGGACUGGAAUCAGGUUCAUAGUAUGGCAGCCUUGACGAUGGAGAGCAUCCAGCCCCGGCCCCUGAUCCGCGCCCCGCGCUGCCUGCGCCGUAACUCCUCCCACCUGCUGCCAGCGGAGGCGGUGCACCGUAGCAGGGCGGCCUACGGUGUGCACGGGCGCUACCGGCGCUCCAGCCAGUUACGGAGGCCCUCCACCAUCUCCAACAGUGCCUGGCCAGGCAGGCUAGUCCCCCCACCCAGACGCAGGAGCUCUAUAGUGGCCCGCCACUUCUCCCCUUCCCUGUAUAGGAACUGUUCCGCCUGCUGGAAACCCAGGGGCCGCAGGGAGUCCCUCAGCCCGCUGCAGGGCACCUACUACGACCCCCGCCUGGAGACUUGGAGUGGGUUCCUCUCGAAGGCCAUCGCUAAAUCGGGUCUACAGCACCUGUCUGCCCAGCCCAGUGCCUCAGCCCUGGCCAAGUUUGACCCAGACAGGGAGAUCCGGAGCAGCUGUGACUGGACCGAGAACGCCGUGUAUGGGGAGCACAUCUGGUUUGAGACCAAUGUCUCUGGGGACUUCUGUUACGUCGGAGAGCAGCACUGCUUCGCCAAGACACUGCAGAAAUCUGUAGCCCGGAAAAAGUGUGCAGCCUGCAAGAUAGUGGUUCACACAAUCUGCAUAGAGCAGCUAGAAAAGAUAAACUUUAGGUGUAAACCGUCAUUCAGGGAAUCGGGGUCUAGGAAUAUACGAGAGCCAACCGUAGUGCGGCACCAUUGGGUCCACAGGAGGCGCCAGGAUGGGAAGUGUCGGCAGUGCGGGAAGGGUUUCCAGCAGAAGUUUGCCUUUCAUAGCAAAGAGAUUGUGGCCAUCAGCUGUUCGUGGUGUAAACAGGCAUAUCACAACAAGGUGUCAUGCUUCAUGCUGCAGCAGAUCGAGGAGCCCUGCUCCCUGGGUGCUCAUGCCUCUGUCAUCGUACCCCCUACCUGGAUCAUCCGGCUCCGCAGACCUCAGACCUCACUAAAGUCGAGUAAAAAGAAAAAACGGACCUCGUUUAAGCGCAAGUCCAGCAAAAAGGGAGAGGAGGCGCGCUGGAAGCCCUUCAUAGUUAGACCCAUUCCCUCUCAGCUCAUGAAGCCGCUGUUGGUGUUUGUCAACCCAAAGAGUGGGGGAAAUCAGGGAGCCAAGAUUAUCCAGUCGUUCAUGUGGUACCUCAACCCCCAAGUAUUUGACCUGAGUCUGGGAGGGCCCAAGGAUGGGUUAGAAAUGUACCGUAAGGUGCAUAACCUGAGGAUACUGGCAUGCGGAGGUGAUGGCACGGUGGGCUGGAUCCUGUCUGCUCUGGACCAGCUCCAGCUGAACCCCCAGCCUGCAGUAUCCAUCCUGCCUCUGGGGACAGGCAACGACCUGGCCAGGACCCUCAACUGGGGUGGUGGUUACACAGAUGAGCCGGUGUCUAAGAUCCUGUCUCAUGUCGAGGAUGGGAACAUCGUCCAGCUCGACCGGUGGAAUCUAAUAGUGGAGCCCAACCAGGAUGCUGGGGCAGAGGAGAGGGAUGAGCAACAGACAGACAAGCUCCCCCUCGACGUCUUCAACAACUACUUCAGCCUCGGCUUCGAUGCACACGUGACACUAGAAUUCCACGAGUCUCGAGAGGCCAACCCUGAGAAAUUCAACAGCCGCUUUCGGAACAAGAUGUUCUAUGCAGGGACGGCCUUCUCAGACUUCUUCAUGGGCAGCUCCAAAGACCUAGCCAAACACAUCAAGGUCGUGUGCGACGGCACCGACCUCACCUCAAAGGUUCAGGAUCUGAAGCUGCAGUGUCUGGUGUUCCUCAACAUUCCCAGAUACUGUGCUGGUACCAUGCCAUGGGGCAACCCAAGCGAGCACCAUGACUUUGAGCCACAACGGCACGACGACGGCUGCAUUGAAGUUAUCGGCUUCACCAUGACCUCUCUGGCAACACUGCAGGUCGGAGGUCAUGGUGAGCGGCUGAACCAGUGCAGAGAGGUGACCCUCACCACCUACAAGUCCAUCCCCAUGCAGGUAGAUGGGGAGCCAUGCAAGCUAGCCCCCUCCACCAUCCGUAUCUCCCUGAGGAACCAAGCCAACAUGGUGCAAAAGGCCAAGAGGAGGACUUCUAUACCGCUGCUCAACGACCAGCAGCCCUUCCCGGAGAGGUUAAGGAUCCGGGUGAACCGUAUUAGCAUGCACGUAGAGGCCCUGCAUUACGACAAGGAGAAACUCAAAGAAGCCUCUAUCCCACUGGGCCUCAUCGUUGUCCCGGGAGACAGUGACCUGGAAACAUGCCGCUCCCACAUCGAGAGGCUCCAAGAGGACUUCAUCUCCAUUCAUCCCUCCUUCAAACGACUGGUGCUCCAGGAGGAUGAUGGAGCUAAAUCAAAGACCCUUUCCUCGCAGAAGCUUUUCGCCAAGUGGUGCUUCUUGGACUCCACAACUGCAGAUCGAUUUUACAGAAUUGAUCGUGCUCAGGAACACCUAAACUAUGUGACUGAGAUAUCCCAAGACGAGCUCUUCAUCCUGGACCCGGAGCUGGUCGUCACGGAGACGGUGAGCACCUCACCAGGGAUGCCUGAUCUGGUUGAUUCUUCUGGUGAAUUCGCGGAGGCAUCUCGCAAGUUUGCCUUCCCAUCCUCCUCCUCUUCUCCUCCCCCCUCACCGGGUCCCAGUCCCACCAGCCCACACUCAGACAGCGAGGCCAUGGACGUCAGACACAAGACAUCCCACUUCUUCUCCUCUCACUCCGGCUUCCCCUUUCCUGUCAGGAAGAGGAUCAUGGACCUCCAGAAGACCACUCAAAGGAAGCGAAUCUCCAGUGACAGUUCGGUGGUGGAGGCACUGGCACACAGCGACUCCCUCAGGUCCAGUAAGCCAGCCCUCACCAGGGCUGGAUGUAUCCAUCGGUCUAACACUACUGCAGCUGAUUUCAACCCAAACUUGAGGGUGGAGAAGAAUACACUGUGCAAUACAGACAAAGUAUCACCAGAAGUGUUGAUUGAAUGUGUGAAGAGCAAGGACCAUCUGAAGCUGAAGGAGUUGCACAAACUGGGAGCUGACCUGUCAGUGCAGGACCACUCAGGAUGCACCCUGCUCCACUAUGCUGUGGACACUGGUAGCAAGGAGACUGUCAAAUACAUCCUGGACAAUGCACCCACAGACAUCCUGGAUGUAACCGAAAAAGAAAAUGGGGAGACAGUGUUGCACAAAGCAGCGUCACUGUGUCAGAGGACUAUCUGUCACUACCUGGUAGAGGCAGGGGCAUCCCUCAUGAAGACAGACUUACAGGGUGACACACCAAAGCAUCGUGCAGAGAAGGCCAAGGAUGCAGAGCUGGCAGCCUACUUGGAGAACCGUCAGCACUACCAGAUGAUCCAGAGAGAGGACCAGGAGACAGCCGUGUGACUGCCCUCUGCUCCCUGACCUCCAGCGCCACUUCCCUGUCACCUAACCCCGUGCCAAACCUACUUUAGCUAAAAGAGGAAACUCACCAGAGAAGAUGGUUAAAAGGUAGCCGGUGUUGUAUCCUCCUGCUAGGGAGUUGGUUGGAGUGCUACCAGAUGAGAGACUCUUAAGGUCCACCAUGUGAGAUGCUUGUGACCAGUGGACUUGAUUAUUGCACUGCCAAAAAAAAAGCUAUGUUUUGUGUCGGAACGCUUGGAAGAGAUGGCUCUUCUGUUUAAUUUUUUUCCCAGGUUGUGUUGCGCUUGCAAUCCACCUAGACUGAAUGUUGAAUGAUUACAUAGAGAAUUUUGCUACAAGGUUUUAGGACAGGAACUUGGGUAAUUGAAUGUCAAUGUAAUUGUAUUAUGUCAAUAAAAGCAGCAUGAGAGUUUCAA